AUGAAAGAGGAGGUGCGCCUCAAUGCCACUGAAGACCAGCAGCCCGGCUGGUUCCUGCCCAGCAAUGGCAGCAGCAAUUCCCUGUAUCUCUCCGAAGCUCCUCCUCCUCUUCCCUUGAAUCCUUGGGACGUGGUGCUUUGUGUUUCCGGGACCAUCAUCUCCUGCGAGAAUGCCAUUGUGGUGGCCAUCAUUUUCUACACCCCUGCCUUCCGGACUCCGAUGUUCCUCCUGAUCGGGAGCUUAGCCACCGCAGACCUGCUAGCCGGCUUGGGCCUCAUCUUCCACUUUGCCUUUGUUUACUGCAUCCAGUCCCAGGUGGUGAACCUCAUCACGGUGGGCCUCUUGGUGUGCUCCUUCACGGCCAGCGUGGGCAGCCUCCUGGCCAUCACCAUAGACCGGUACCUGUCCCUCUACAAUGCGCUGACCUACUAUUCGGAAAGGACAGUGACCCGGACAUACAUCAUGCUCAUCAUCACCUGGGGGGUCUCCAUCUGCUUCGGACUGCUGCCCGUCAUGGGCUGGAACUGCCUGAAGGACGACUCCACCUGCAGCAUCGUCAAACCCCUGACCAAGAACAACCUCAUCAUCCUCUCCAUCUCCUUCUUCAUGGUCUUCGCCAUGAUGUUGCAGCUCUACGUGCAGAUCUGCAAGAUCGUCUGCAGGCACGCACAGCAGAUUGCCCUCCAGAGACACUUCUUGGCCACUUCGCACUACGUCACCACCAGGAAAGGCAUCUCCACCUUGGCUGUCAUCCUGGGGACUUUUGCUUCCUGUUGGCUCCCCUUUGCCAUUUACUGCCUCCUCGGAGAUUACACGUACCCAGCUCUCUACACCUAUAUGACAAUACUCCCGGCUACCUACAAUUCCAUGAUCAACCCUGUGAUCUAUGCCUUCAGGAACCAAGAAAUCCAAAAAGUGUUGUGGACUAUCUGCUGCGGCUGCAUUUCUUCCACCAUGCCUUUCCGGUCCAGAUCUCCCAGUGACGUCUGA